UGUCUUAUCCUCGGACUCCCAAAGGAGGCAUCAUAAAUCUGAGACACAACGUUCCUUUCCUCUCGCUCUCCGUUUAAAAGUGGGAAUAAGGAAAAGAUUGAGAGAGAGAGAGAGGGAGAUUUGGAAAAGAUAGCAGUCAGUCGUGAGUGGGGGAAGGCGCCAUUGCUCCCACCUCAAACCCCAAAACCCAAUCACUCAGAUCCUUGAAUUUGCUUUUUCAUUCCUCAUUUCUACUCUCUCCCGCCAUCCAUCUCAGUGGGCAUUUUUCCUCCAUGCAAUAUGAGAUCGUUUGUUUCCUCAGAAUGCAACGGGAAAGCAUUGUGAUGUUGGGGAUCACGGUCAUGUACCUCCCCACCUUCAUUGAUGAUAAUAAUUAGUUAUAAUUCUUUAAUAAGGAAUAAUGAAAGGCGUCAGAUCUUGGAGAUCGCCCUCCCUAUCCAAGAAUCCCUUCCUUGAUGCCGCUGGGAGCAGGAGAUUCAGCUCCAAGUCCUUUACAUCAUUUGGCUGCUUCAUCCUCCUCUUUAUGCUCUUUCUCAUACUCAUCACCAUGAAACAUCAAUACGAGCAUAUCAAGAUGGACAACACUUGGUAUCCCUUUGCCUCAACCAAGCAGCGUCCUCAAAUAAUGAUGACCCAUUUUGACCAUAUUCACUCUUUGCCCCGUGGCAUAGUGGAGUCAACAUCUGAUAUGGAGCUGAAGCCCCUCUGGGAGACCUCAACCUUAACAGAUAAAAAUCAGAAUCAUAAGGCUCUUUUGGCAAUCCCCGUUGGAAUUAAGCAAAAGAAGAAUGUGAAUGCCAUGGUCCAAAAGUUUCUUGCAGAAAAUUUUUCAAUUAUAUUGUUUCAUUAUGAUGGCAAUGUGGAUGGGUGGCAUGAUCUUGGUUGGAGUGAUAGGGCGAUACACAUACUUGCUCAUAAUCAAACAAAAUGGUGGUUUGCAAAGCGCUUUUUGCAUCCUGAUGUUGUAUCAAUUUAUGAUUACAUCUUUCUUUGGGAUGAGGACUUGGGAGUUGAAAAUUUUCAUCCUGGAAGGUACCUGCGCAUAAUGAAGGCAGAAGGAUUGGAGAUUUCACAACCAGCUCUAGACCCAAAUCAAUCAGAAAUACAUCAUCGUAUUACAAUUCGAAACAAAACAGGGAAAGUCCAUAGGCGGAUGUAUGCUUCUCGAGGUAGUUUGAAUUGUUCAGAUGCUAGCAUGGGGCCUCCAUGCACUGGAUGGGUUGAAGGGAUGGCACCUGUAUUUUCAAGAGCUUCCUGGCAUUGCACAUGGCAUCUCAUUCAGAAUGAUCUCAUUCAUGGCUGGGGUCUCGAUAUGAAACUCGGAUAUUGUUCUCAGGGGGAUCGAACAAAGAAUGUUGGUGUGAUUGACAGUGAAUUUAUCAUUCAUCUGGGAAUACCAUCCUUGGGAGGAUCAUCUGCAAAUAAGCAACUUUCGAGUGAGAGUAAUGAGGCUGCUGGCCCUGCUGACCAGUCUAUGGUCACAAAGGUACAGGGUGAAAGGGUCAUAGAUUUAAGAUCUCAGAUCAGAAGGCAGUCCACAGCAGAGCUUGAGAUAUUCCGCAAACGGUGGGAUCGAGCUGUAAGGGAUGAUAAGGAAUGGGCUGAUCCAUACAAACACAAGAAGGGGGCAAACACAUAAAUCUUGUCUUCUUCCACUUUCAAUCAUUUAUUAAUUGAUUCUUUCAGUGAGAGGGGCCACACCAGAUAGAACAAGGAAGCGAGGCGGGUCAAUUGUUAUGUAUAGCCAUCAGCAGCCAAGGCAAUUCCACACCGCUCCUUGCCCAAGACACGUUAUGUCUGAUAUUUUCUUGAUCAAAAUUUUGCAGGUGCUUGUGAGGCACUGCACAUUGCAUUGGGAUUUUGCUCGGACUCUUUGAGAAAUAUAAGAACAAACCCUGCGGGUAGGUAGACAUCUUGGGAGUUUCCUUGGGCUGUGUAAGAUUUUUGUAACCAGGGCCUCGGGGUAAAUCCUUGUGUCGUCGAUGAUGUAAAAGUAGCCUCCCAUUUGUUACUAAUGAGAGGUUUAAACGGGACUCUGAUUUCUUUUUGUUUGUUUGUUUGUUUGUUUGAAAAUAUUAAAAGAAGCAAUGCAACAUACGUACUUUGAAAGUAUCAUAUGGUUUUCAUCCAA